UAGGCACGAUUCCCCAACAUCGUGUGCUACUUCAGUUGUCAAACCUAAUAGAAAUACAAAAUUUUCGGAAUUUUUUCUGGAAACGCUUGGGUGACGACUGUGGGAGCAGGACAGAGAAGGUCAUGCUGAAGCGCCGACUUCCCUCGAUGGCUCUCUCCUUGAACAAUGUUCUUCCAUGGCGAUCGAGGCCUCCUACCUUCCUCACUACACGAACACUGCCUCCGUCUAUCAAAUCACUCUGCGGAACUCAUAAUUGCCUCUUCUCGUUCUGCUCCCUUGCUCAAAGCUCCGCAGAUUUCACCGAUCAUAACCCCCAAGAAUCGUCCAGAAAUGGGCCUUUGAAGUCUGGCUUGUAUUUGGUAGGAACACCGAUUGGAAAUCUUGAAGAUAUCACCUUACGUGCUCUCCGUGUACUAAGAUCAGCUGAUAUAAUACUCUCAGAGGACACAAGGCAUUCGGGAAAGUUGCUACAGCAUUACAAUAUUAGAACUCCAAUUCUGAGUUAUCACAAAUUCAAUGAAUCUCAACGUGAACAAACGGUACUGAAGAGACUGCGUCAGGGUGAUGUUGUGGCACUGAUAAGUGAUGCAGGUACACCAGGCAUCAGUGAUCCUGGUAUGGAAUUAGCAAAACUAUGCGUGGAUGAAAAUAUUCCUGUAAUUCCUAUCCCUGGACCCUCGGCUCUGGUAGCCGCUCUUUCUGCUUCAGGGAUGGCCACCUAUGAGUUUACGUUUGUUGGGUUUCUUCCUAAACAUGCCAGAUCAAGGCGUGAGAGACUGGAGGCUUCUGCAAAUGAAGCAGCAACACAGAUAUUUUUUGUUCCUCCUCACAAGCUUCAUCAAUUUCUUGAAGAAACUUCUUCAAUUUUCACUGAUGCAAGGCGAUGUGUCAUAGCACGAGAGAUGACAAAAAUUCAUGAAGAGUUUUGGCGAGGAACUCUGGGUGAAGCAAACAAAGCAUUUUCCACUCAACAGCCAAAGGGAGAAAUAACCCUCUUGAUUGAAGGAAAGGAAAAUUCUGUCAUUAAAACUCCCUCAGAAACUCAACUUGAGAAUGAAUUGAGAGAUCUGAUUUCCCAGGGGCAUAAACUUUCUACGGCAGUCAAAUUGGUAUCUGGAGGAUCUUCAGUGAGAAGAAAAACGGUUUAUUCACUGGCAUUGAGGAAAUUCAAAAAGCAGCUUGAGCCAGAGGAUGAUUUGGAUUGAUGGAAAUCAUUUUUAGCUUGAAUACCGCUUGAACCAGGAAGGCAGUGAUAGUGCCAUCCGUGGAGUGGAAAAGCAAAAGAAAUUUCAGCCACCAACAAGCUCUUCAGACCCCCUGGUGCGACACCAAACUUACGGAUCAACGUCCUCCCUAUAGGUCUCAUUGAUCAGGUAAAAUCCAGAAUGCGGACAUGACUUUCGUACAUCAGUUUGAUGUUUGACCAACUUGACCUCUAGGACACAUCUACAUUACCAUCCACGGUCUCUGUUGGCUCACAGAGAACUCUCACCAUCUACGGUCCCCACUGGUUCACAGAAUAAACUCUCACCAUUCAGGAUUCUCGCUAGCUCACAGAGUAAAUUCUCACCAUCCGCAGGUGCAGCUGGUUCCGUGAGUGUAUUUACGUGGAAUUGAACUCUCAAUACUCCUUCUUACGUGCUGAUGUCUUUCCACUGCGUCAUGCCCGUGAGGGUUAUAAUAACUAUGUUUUAUUACU